AUGGACUCAAACCAUGCCAUCAUCUUCGGCGCAUCCGGCAUAAUUGGCUGGGCUCUGGUUAACCAACUCCUGGGUCCCUACCCCGAUGCUGGCACGUUCUCCAAGGUCACUGCUAUCACCAACCGCCCCCUCAGCCUCUCCGAGGCUUGUUGGCCUGAGUCAAACUUGCAACGACAAGACCUGCAGCUUGUCUCAGGCAUUGACCUUCGUCGAGGUGAUGGGACUACACUGGCAGAUACUUUAAAAGGCACUGUGAAAGAUGUCGAAAGUGUCACCCAUAUCUACUACCUGGUUUUCACUGCAGUCGGCGACAUUACAGAAGAAGUCGCAACAAAUCGGAAAAUGUUUAAGAAUGUCAUCGACGCCCACAGUUUGAUCAGCCCCAAGCUGAAAUUUGUGACAUUCCCGGGUGGGACACGGGGAUACGGUACUUAUUCCCCUGGAGGCACGUUCGCUCCUCCCUUACACGAGGAAAUGGUGAACGAUCUUCCAGUAGAUUACGCAAAGACUGUCGUAUAUACAGAGUACCGCAAGCUUCUUGAUGCUGCGAGCAAGGGCAAGAACUGGACUUGGUGCGAAGUCUGUCUAGAUGCAAUUAUUGGAUUCACGCCGAACGGCUCUCAGUACAGUUUAUCACUACAUUGGGCCCAGUAUCUGUCUCUGUGGGCCUAUAACCAUGGAAUCGGACCCUAUACACCUGGAACCAAAAAAGCCGUCGAGGUACCUUUCCCUGGCAGUGCUGCCGGCGCCAACUCGUUGUUCUCUCCAGUAUCUAGCAAGACGAUGGCACGGUUUAUGAUCUAUGCCUCGCUGCACCCAGAAACCUGUGGCGACGGCCAGCUAUUCAACAUUGCCGACAACGAGACGCCGUGCAAGUAUGGUGAGAUCUGGCCCCAUCUGGCAAAAUGGUUUGGCCUGGUGGGCGUGGGACCCACUGAUAGCCCACAAUCUCUUGACAACACGUUGAAGGUUGGCGAGGUCCCUGUAACCACGCCUUCUGCUAUGCCCGGGGAGUACAUUGCCAAACACAAGGACAAGUUUGCCGAAUGUGGACGUCCGAAUGCUGUCGGUGGAGGCGUUGGCGUGGGUAACCGGCAGCUUGACAGCGUGGGUUACUGGUUGACUUUUGAUCGUCAAUUAAGCCUGAAGAAGCUGAGGGGGACAGGGUUUGAGGGGGAUAUUGAUAAUGUUCAGGGCUGGCUCGAAAGUUUCGAGAUGUUCAGAAAAGCCGGAUUGAUACUCUGA